AUGGUUUCUGCUGCGCAUGGUGGUCUAGAGAUUAAUCGACGGCAAAUCCAUUGGCCCGGAUGCCCCAAUCUUUUCGAAAGACACUACUGCACCUGCCGAUGGCGUGUCGAUAAUCCCAACGACGGGCAAAACCAAGUAACGGACCAUUUUCCAUACUGCAACAACGUCUCCAAUGAUGGUGUGUGCUUUUGUCCCGCGCGUACUCGCCCUCUGACGCCCCCGUUGGUAAUUCCAAACCAACCCGGGUAUUCUUCGCCUUUGGUGCCGCUUACACCGGGGACACCGUCGUCACCUCCAGCAAUGAGACAUACGGAGCACAUCCAUAGCAAGGCAGGACAAGAUGAACCUGAAGCGAUAUCGGACAUUCGGCAGGCGACACUUUCGGGGCAGGCUAUUGAUGAGAUUGAACGAAUAAUUCGAGAAAAUCGUUUUUCACAAUGA